AUGAAAGACGAGCUGACUAAAUUAGACCAAACAAUUCGCUCACACUAUGAAGAGGCACGAGAAAGUGUUCGUAAAGCACAAUCAGAAUACAGUAGUGCUCUUGACAAGAUUCCUACUGGUUUCAAAAGUCUCUUAUUCGACUUAGGGCGUGCUGUUAUCGGAAUCGUCAAGACGGCUGGUGAAGCCUUCACUACUGGCGCUGUAGGACGCAUGGGCUCCGUGGGCGGUCUCAUGGCUGGAUCUAUCACUAGCCCUGCUAUGUCACAGACUUCGGGACAGACGUUGACCUUUACCAGACUAUUCUCAGAUUCUUUCAAUAAAGCUUUGCCAAGAAUUAAGCAAAUUCUUAAUGCUGACAAUCAUAAUCAGUCGACAUCGAAUAAUCCUAAUGAAGAACUCGAAGCGUACAAAGUGACUUUUCAAACAUUUUUGUCAUCGGUUGCAAUAGGAAAAGCAGGUAAUUUGAAGGAGCGAGCAAGUGAAAUUAUUCAACAAGGUAUCAGUCUUGUGGAUGAGGUCUUAAAGAUAACUAAAGAAUCCUUGACUACUGGUGAAAGUAUUAAAAACGAUGUGGUUGCAAAUGUAAAUAGUCGUCUUGAUAAAUUAGCCGAAGAUCUGAAACCAAUGGUAGCUGCAGAAGCAAUGAAUGGCGCUGGUGUGCCACCUCCCGCAGAUGCAUCAAAUGGAAUGGGUGAUUCUUCUCAGAAUGAGAAGUUUGUUGCACAACUCUCCUUGAAUCGGUUGCAAUCAGCCGAGACUCGCUAUGACAAAAUAUUUGAUCAACUAAAGCAAAAUCAACAAGAAUUAGCCAAAUUAAUGGGUAAAAUUGCUUCAUUAGACAUGACUCGCAUUCGUUACAAAGAGAUUCUCGAGCUCCUUCGCGAAGCUCUUCAUCUACUGGCACGUAUUCGAGAACAAUGGGGUCAGUUGGUCUUGUUUUUUGCCGAAAUCGCAACACGUGCAGAGAUUACUUUGAGUGGUACUCUUGGCCCAUUCAUCACCCAAGCAGGUCAAGCAGGUAGUGAAUCCCUCUCGCUGGAAGAACGACUCUUCUAUGUAGACCUUCUCAAAGCACAAGCUGAAGAGAUCGAUUCACAGUCACAGAUGCUCUACCUAAUGUCUCGAACCUAUGUUGAUAUGUCAACCAAUUAUAUCAUGGGUCGUCUGAGCGGUCUAUCGAAAAUGCUUCUCGCAGGUGAUGAUAGUGAGCGUAAUCGUCUCAUUACACAGUUGACUCAAGAGACGCAGACUAGUCAACAGGCCAUCAUGGAUUUGGUUACGCAGCGCAAAACUAAUUAUCAAAAUGCACUUCGAAAGCGACGAAUUGAACUCCAAAAUUUCAUCGAGAGACUUGGUGGACCAGAUUCCGAUGAUCAAGCAGCAAUCGAAGCUGGAAAAGCAAUGCUUGAGAAUAAAUCAUAA